AUGGCCAAGUUUCAGAUCUUGUCGGAUCUGCAUCUAGAGAAUCCAUAUGCCUACGAUGUGUUCAAGAUCUCCCCAACAGCACCCUAUCUUGCUCUGUUGGGUGACAUAGGAGUGGUCAAAGACGAUGGUUUCUUUCCAUUUGUUGAAACACAAUUACGCCAGUUCAAGAUCGUCUUCUUUUUGUUGGGGAAUCAUGAGCCGUACUAUUUGACUUGGAAUAAAGCACGACAGGAACUACAACAAUUCUCCAACUCGGUCAGGCAACGCUCGAGGGCAGAAGCGAUAGGAGAAUUUGUGUUUCUGAACCAGACUCGAUAUGACAUCUCAUCAGAUGUAACUGUCCUGGGCUGCACACUUUUCUCGCGAAUCGAUGAAACCCAGAAGGAGCGGGUCAGCUUCGGUCUCAAUGAUUUCUACCACAUAAACGACUGGACGGUGGAAGAACACACAGCUGCUCAUGAAGCAGACCUAAGAUGGCUUAAUGAACAGAUUUCCCAAAUUGCUGCCAAUGAGCCUCGGCGCAGGAUUGUCGUCUUUACACACCAUAGCCCAGUCACCCAGAAUCCGCGAGCAGUUGACCCAAGGCAUAAGAAUAGUCCGUUGUCCUCGGGGUUUGCCACGGAUUUAUCCACACAGGAAUGUUGGACAAGUCCGCUGGUGCGAUUAUGGGCGUUUGGACAUACACAUUACAAUGUUCACUUUGAAGAUGGCACUGGAAAAAUGGUCGUGAGCAACCAGAGGGGGUAUUAUUUUUCUCAAGCACAAGCCUUUGAUGAUAGACUGGUAAUUGCUAUCUGAUUCAUUUCGUACGAAGACUUUGUCUGACUCUAUAUCAAGUUGGCAAACAU